GCGUUGGAGGAUACUUAGGUUAUUCUGGUCGUGCAUCUUCACGGUGACACUUGAUCGUUUGACGGACGACGGGCAAAGCAUUGAUCGCGGCUGUAAGCAAUAACCAUGGAUAAUUACAAGAAGAAAACACCCGGCCGGGUACAGCAUCUGGAGUAUACCCAAAUACGUCCGCAGCUCACCGGAGGUAGCAAGUCCGAGCUCACUGGAUACAUUUUCGGUCGUAUGAAGUCCGAGCUAAACGAUGUACCGGCACAGACGGCCGCCGGCUCCACCUUACCGUUGGUGGACCUGAUCAAGGAUGACGAAGAGGCGGGCACGUACAACCCGUUCGAAAACCGCAAGGUGACGCACCCGACCACUGACAUGGAUACGCUGGUCCAUCUGCUGAAGGGUUCGCUCGGGUCGGGAAUUCUUGCCAUGCCCUUAGCAUUCGUGAACGCCGGGCUGUGGUUUGGGUUGAUUGCCACGGUUGCGAUUGGUGCGAUUUGUACCUACUGCAUCCAUAUCCUGGUGCGUUGUUCGCACAUCUUGUGCCGGCGCGCACAGAUGCCAUCGCUGGGGUUUGCUGAUGUCGCGGAGGUUGCGUUCCUUGCCGGACCGGAGCAGCUGAAGAAAUACUCUCGGCUUGCCCGGUUCAUCAUCAACCUGUUCCUGGUGAUCGAUCUGAUCGGUUGCUGCUGCAUCUACAUCGUGUUUGUGGCCACCAAUCUGAAGCAGGUAGUGGACCACUACACUCAUUCCUACUGGGAUGUGCGCAUUUACAUCCUGAUUAUGUUGGUUCCACUGAUCCUGCUGAACCUGAUCCGCAAGCUGAAGUAUUUGACACCGUUCUCGCUGAUCGCCAACGUGCUGAUUGGUGCCGGUGUUGGAAUCACACUGUACUACAUCGUCACCGAUCUGCCAGCUAUGUCGGACCGUAAAGCUAUCGCCGAAGUUCAACAUAUGCCAAUGUUCUUCGGCACUGUCAUUUUCGCGCUGGAGGGCAUCGGCGUAGUUAUGUCGCUGGAGAACAACAUGAAGAACCCGCAGAACUUUAUUGGAUGUCCGGGCGUGCUUAAUACGGGAAUGUCUGUUGUGGUUACGCUGUAUGCUACUGUUGGCUUUUUGGGCUACCUGAAGUAUGGAGAAGAUACCAAGGGCAGCAUCACGUUGAAUCUUCCGGUGGAGGAUGUGUUGGCUCAAAUGGUAAAGCUCAUGAUUGCGGUAGCCAUCUUCCUUACCUAUGCGCUUCAGUUCUACGUGCCCAUGGAGAUCAUCUGGAAAAACAUCAAAGGAAACUUCAACGAGCACCAGAACGCUGCUGAGUACACUCUACGAAUUGGCCUAGUGAUCCUUACCGUAAUAAUUGCUGCCGCCCUACCCAACUUGGGACCGUUCAUCACACUCAUUGGGGCUGUGUGUCUGAGCACACUUGGUCUAAUGUUUCCCGCUGUCAUUGAGCUGGUUACGUUCUACGAAAAGCCCGGCUUCGGACGAUUCAAUUGGAUGCUGUGGAAGAAUCUGUUUCUCAUCCUGUUCGGUGUGGUCGGUUUCGUUACCGGCACUUACGUCAGCAUAGUGGAGUUCUCGGAGCAUCUCGAAGAAGUGUAAGGCUGCCGACACACCGUCAACACCUUUCAUCCCACUCGAACUCCUCUGGCGUGGCGGGAUACCGUGCAUCACAGCGCGACACAUGCCGUGUGUUCUGGAUUCUGCCAUCAGCUGCAUACUUUUUGUAGGGUAGAUCCGCGAAACGCGGCAGCCGUAGAUGCGAACGACUUGAGCCCGAGUUUCCGCACCGGAAGUGCAUCCGAUCGUCUGCGAGCUGUUUUGAUCGAUCGAUGCAUUAGGAGCAACGGAUCUGUUGCAGCAGAUUGCAUCACACAUCCGACCGCUCUCUGGUAUUCUUUACCGUCUUUCAUCAACUGUAGGAUCUCGUUGUAUCAAUGACGUCGUUUUAGUUGCGCUAGCAGGUCCUGAGCUGCCUGAGCGUGCGCUUCCUUGUGUUAACAUUUUGAAUUUCUUACUUUCUUAAGUCAUCAUACCGGUACCAUCUUAACCUUUACUUUCUCCCAAUUAUCUGCCGUUUUGUUUUCUCCCCACUACCCGGGGUUCCUUCGAAUCCAAUUCCAUUUUCACCACUAGACACCUGUCCCAUUACAUCCCUGUUCGUUAUCGUUAAGUAUGUACACACAGUCCGAAUCUGAUUCGGAAAACCAUAUCUGCGAUAAAAUGCGACGGUGAAAGGCAUAGCUGGUGUAACUUUUGUGUUUGCGAUGCGCACUGUGUGGAUCGAAUAAAACUAUGCCCCAUAUUAGGACAUUUAGGAACGCUGUAGCCACGUUACACGUGGGAAGAAAUUAACCAACCUAGUAAUAUACGCGUGCCACAAACGCCAUUGCAGUAGAAUAAUCUCACUAGACUUGUUUACCGAUAACGUACACAAAGGAAUGGGGUGGAUGAAGCUUCGCAUGGUUGGCCACCGAGAGUCAUGUGCCCAGUGUUUAAUGGACAGGAAAAUGUGAUGUUGAGUGUUGCUGUAGCAUGUAAGAGAUGUGUUCAGGCUCAGUGUCACACUGGUCGGAAUGAAUAUUUAUCUACUGUUUUUAACCUACACACCCUAAGGGCGUAACGUGCGAGAGGGAAUGUUCCUAGCGGACUUUGCACCGGAGAACGUUUUGCCAUUACAGUUUUAGUACACUUAGUAGCUUGUUAAUCGAUAAACAUGGUAAAUGUGACAGUUCCUGAGGGCUGCCAGCGUAACACAAAUAUUUAGACCUAUUAAAAAGACAGUAGCAGCAGGUAGAUUUACAACAAGCUUAACCACUUUACACCCAAACAUGUCAGCCGAAAACAGUCUUCCAUCGAAUAUUAUAUCCAGGGCGUUGCGCACAAAUAAAACAUGUAUUUUCAUAGCUUAACAGUUCUACCGUAGCAGGUCUUAUACAUAGUAGAGUGCAUUGAAAUGGUUGUUUUUGCAAAUGACUACGUAGUGUAAUGUGUAAGGGCAGAAUUCUAGAUUUCUAGACGUAUUAGUAGUUCGCUGUAAGUAAUGACUUUAUGCUUUGUUUAUAUUUUCCGAAUGAAUAUAUCAGACUAUUCUUCAAUAAAUAUAUCGACUUUUACAUGUCCAGAAAUUGAGUUCAA